GGAACCAUCUCUGGCCUCGUUCUGAUUCCUCAUCAGCCAUAUUUACAGCGAAGAGUGUUUUAAAGUGAAAGUUUUGACUGUGAUACUCCGUGCAGAGUUUGUUUUCGGCAAAGUUUCCGCCAGUUGAACAGCUUUCUGUCGCUGUCAAAGUGAAGAUGGAGUUCGGAUAGUGGUGCUGCUGCUCCGUUGUGAAUGCUUGGCGAGACCAUGUGUGUGUUUGUGCGUGCGUGUGGCGGUUGCAGUGAUUGGUGAUCAAGACUAGUGACACUCAUGAGGGACACCUCAGAGUUGAGUGGCCCGGCGGGGCGAGACGGCAGGCAGCCGAACCUGACCCAAGUCAGGUGGCUGCUGGAUGCGAUACGCAAGAUAAAGUCGCAGAAACAGCGGCCUUCGCGUGAACGUGUGUGCCAUGCUGUCGUUCAGACCCACAAGAUUGCGAGGGAAGUUGCGGAGAAGCAACUGGACUUGGCCGUCUCCCAUGGGUUCAUAUUCAAGGCAAUGCACAAGGGUCAGUGUUCGUACAAGGAUGCGGACACCUUGAAGCAAGCGUUGAAGAGGAAGCCAGGCAACAACAAGGCGCGGGAGAAUGGCACCGACCUGGCAGACGCCGUCGUGGAGGCUGUGCGUGCCCUCAGGGAGAAGAGUGGCUCAACCCUCCGCUCAAUGGAAAAGUAUAUCCAGGAGAGUGGCAGUGGCCACAGCGGGGACGAUCUGGAGGUGCAGCUGCGUGCGGCAACCAAGAAAGCCAUAGCCGCAGGCAGAAUAAUCCGCUGUGGCCGUUUCUAUCGUCUGCCCGCCCGUAAAGCCGCGGAGGAUGCAGACGACGAAGAUGAGAACAGCGAUGCCCACGUGAAAGACGGCAGCGGAGAGUUGAGUGCCUGCAGAGCCAGUUCCCCUUCCUAUCCCAAGAGGAGAUCCGCUGCCCACGUGAGGUGCAAUGUUUGCCAUGGAUCCGCAAGCAGCAACAGAAGCGGUGUUCCUGAGGAAAUCCUAAAUUGUUUUACCUGCGGAUAUUGUGCCCAUCCUUCAUGUUUGAAGUACUCCAGAGAUCUAGCCGUCAUUGUUCUGAAUUCGAAGUGGCAGUGCUCACAGUGCAAGACCUGCUCUGUAUGUGAUAGCAAAAGCGAAGACGAACAUUUACUACAAUGCGAUUCGUGUGAUUGUCAGUUUCAUGGACAUUGUCUGAAACCACCUAUCACAAGAACGCCGAAAGGUCCCUGGAAGUGUCCAUCGUGUUCCACUCGCAAGUUGAAAAAUAUGAAGUUUGUAAAUAACCUUGCCUCUAAAAUAAAGCAACGAAGCAGAAAAUUCACCAACCACAUGCUGAGGAAACAACAGAUUUCUGCUGCCAGAAAUAAUCGUGUGGCAACCAGCUCAACAAGGAGAAGGCGAGGCGGGCUUUCAUCGGAAUCGUCUCUGUCUCAGUCCGUUGAUGACUGUUCCACAAUCGAAAAUGGGCAUGUUAAAGAGGCUCCUGCUGAACUUCCACCAGCUGUUACAGACAAAGACCUGAAGAUUUUCAAAAAGGCCCAAGACAUAGCUGUGAAAACUACUGGCCAGGAGCUCAUUGUACCUGACCAUCAGACACGGUGUCCAGCAGCUAUAGAAUUUGGCCAGUACGAAAUUCAAACCUGGUAUUCCUCACCCUACCCUCAAGAAUAUGCAAGGCUUCCUAAGCUAUUUUUGUGUGAGUUCUGCCUCAAGUACAUGAAGAGUCACAGUAUCCUCAUGAGGCAUUUGAAAAAGUGCACCUGGGCCCACCCACCAGCGACGGAAAUUUAUCGGAAAAAUGAGGUCUCCGUGUUUGAGGUUGAUGGCAAUGUAAAUAAAAUCUACUGCCAGAACCUCUGCCUGCUAGCCAAACUGUUCUUGGAUCAUAAGACCCUCUACUACGAUGUUGAACCAUUUCUCUUUUAUGUGCUUACAAAGAAUGAUUCUAAAGGCUGCCACUUGGUUGGGUACUUCUCCAAGGAAAAGCACUGUCAGCAGCGGUAUAACGUUUCAUGCAUAAUGACGAUGCCACAGUACCAGAGGCAAGGCUUUGGAAGGUUUCUGAUUGACUUCAGCUAUUUGCUGUCCAGGAAAGAAGGCCUUGCAGGAACACCCGAAAAGCCUCUCUCGGAUCUUGGGCGUAUUAGUUACAUGUCUUAUUGGAAGAGCAUCAUUUUAGAGUUCUUGAGUAGUUACGAAAGUGAUCAAAUAUCUAUACAAAGCUUGUCAGAGUCAACUGGUCUGAAUAUCCAUGACAUUGCCACAACUUUGCAGCACUUAAAUAUGAUGAAGAAAGAGACGAACGAGAAAAAUAGGAUACAAAUUUGCAUCAGUAAGUCGAUGUUGAGCGAUCACAUGACUAAGGUUCGAUCGGGAAAAGAGAAAAGGAUUAUCCUGGACCAGGAAUGCUUGAGAUGGACGCCGCUCGUAACCCAGCCCCAGUUCAGAGAUGAGGAACACGAGGUAAAGCAUGAUGAAGAGGAAAAUGAAGGUCCCGCGCGGAAGAAACAGCGAAGGGUCCUGUCUCCGGUAGCCGCCAGUACUGCGCAGCGCCAGAGCCCCAAGGAUGAAGAACAACGGGUGAAGAAACCGGGACGCCGCGGUCGAAAGCGGAGACACCCUCGCCCUGUCGCGGCCACCAGGGAGCUGAGGAGUUCGGCUGCCACGCAAGACAGUGUUGCGUGCAGCCAGGCUGAUGGGGAGGAGUCAGCCGUGAAGGAAUUGCCGCCGAAACGAAGGCUUCGGAAAGCGUCGGAGGCCCCCAAGCCAACUGUUGCGGAGGAGGCCGAGGAAAAGGCACGAGAGGAGGAGGAGCUUCCGCGCAAGUUGCGGAGCAAAGAGGCGCUCACACCGGCAGUCGCGUCUCAGGUAGAAGCCGAUGGAUCUCAAGAUAACACCGUGCCGCACGUGAAGAGCAGUGCUCCUCAGCACCAUGGCAUGGUGCUUCCUCCAAAGAAGUCCAGGAGAGGGGUGAAGCUGAUCGGAAUGGAUGUGAGUGACCAGACGCAACCCGUCGAAGCAACACCAGAUGACUCCGCGUCAACAAACCGGGACAAAGCGACGCCUGCUCCUCAGUCCACUGGCCCUGUAAUGCGCAGAAGAAGCAGCAGAGCCGCUGAGCCACCAGCAGUGCUGAGACCUCGACGGAUAAGAAGCACUGAGGUGAGCAAGGUGGAAGAAGAACCUGCUCCGCCUUUACUGGACCAUGUUGAGGCAUCGCAAGGAGAGGCAGAGAAACAGAGCGUGGAUGCCACAGCGGUUGAGGAUGCUGAGAGUGCGGCACCUCCUGUCUUGGAAAGCUUCAAGGAAACGAACAGCGUAGCUUCCCCCCAGUCAAAGAGAAGUUGGAAGCGAACCAAGAAGUUUCAGCGUAGGGGACGUCCUCCAAAGAAACAGUUCAUCCAUGCUGAUUCACCAAAGGUAGCCGAUGUUACAAGUUCAGAGAGCAGUGACUACUCCAAGAAGGACGUGGAGGCUCAGGACAACAGCACUGAAAAUGCGUCCGAGUCGAAAGAGCAGCCUAAGCGUGCUGAGGAUCCUGAACCGACAAAAAAGGACGCGCCUGCGGCUGAGACGUCGGCAAAAGAUGUAGAACCAAAUCCCGUAGGCGAAGAUGAGGAGGAGGAGAAGCAAGUCACAGACACAGCAGAUCAACAGGUCCCCGAGGAAGCAGCGCAGAAACCUCCAGAGUUGGAAACCUCCGCUGAGCCUGAGAGUUCUGAGAACCUACAGGCCAGCGGUGUUGAAGAGGAGGAUGUGGAACCUGCUGAGACAGCGCACGGUGUCGAAGAAUGCAAGCAGGUUGAGAGUGAGUCCAACCACGAUGAGCACCGUAGCGUCACUUCUUCCGCGCAAGACGAGGAGAGCGAAGAGACCAGGGAGAGUUCAAGCCAGCACGUUGAUUCUCAUCCGCGCCAGCAGGUUGAAGAGAGCCCGUCGUGUUCGAGAACGUUGGAGCUGCAGAAGGCCAGGAGCGAGCAGCAGCGGCAAGAGCAGGGCGACGUUCGGUGCCACGACCUCCCGACCCCCAGCGUGAUCGUGUCCAACGAGUGUCUCGGGAACAGUGCCUCGGUCGUCAGCACCAGCAGCCAGGAGAGCCAGGACAUUGUGGUGGACAACAACCCAUCCCCGGCGGUGCAGCUCCCGUUGACCCCCAUAACGCCCCAGACCCCCGGGUCAAACCCACCGUCCCACGGCACCUGCCUCUCGAACCAGUCGAUCUCGAGUUGCGGAGUCGAGGAAGGGUCGCACACCAGCGCGCACGACAUCAUGGUGGGUCACAGCCCAGCAGGGAUGAUGGGCUGCAGCCCGCACGACUUGACCGUAGACACUGCUGCCUCGAACCUGAAGAAUUCCGCGGAGGCGCCAGCCGUGCGGUAUCAAGAGCCGAUGAGAGAAACCGUCGUGGCACGCGCCAGGGAGUGCGACCGUUCCCGUCACGACACCAUGCGAUCUCGCAUGCCCGUUAUCAGCAAGUCCGACGUUGGCUGCAUGGGUGUGUACACUCCGGACUCUUCCUCGACGAGCAGUAUACUUUCGAGCAGUGGCUACGCCGGGAUGGACAUGGAUGUGAAUCAGCUGAGGCUCGAAUCUCCCGCGUCGCUUAGUGGGGACGGACCUGUGGGCCCCAUGGAGCACCUCAGCAGCCCGUACUCGGACUGCGCGCACAUGCAGCAGCAGCAGCAGCGGCCCCCGCAGGCACACCCCUCAUCCCAUGCCCAUCACAGACAACAGCUGCAGCAGCAGCAGCAAAGCUAUUGCCGUGCACUGCACCAGUCACAGGCCACAACUUCGCUGUCACAAGGAGCUUUCGCAGCGGCACAGGCAGCCGUGGCGCAGGCUCAGGCGCAAGCUUCCUGUCCAGGGCCUGCGACAGCAAGUCAGACCAGUCAUCCGGGCCACGUGGGCCAUGCGAGUCAUGUGAGUCACACGAGUCACAGCCCCCACACGAGUCACAGCCCCCACACGAGCCACAGCCCCCACACGAGCCACAGCCCCCACACGAGCCACAGCCCCCACACGAGCCAUAGCCCGCAUGCGAGCCAUGUCUCUCAUGCGAGCCACAGCAGCCCCUCGAGUCACACGUCUCACGCACCCCAUGCGAGUCAUGCCAAUCAUGCCAUGAUGCAGGGCAUGGUGCUGAUGCCACCGGCCAGCAGCUACAUGAGCAUAUCUGGAAGCGGGCCUCCGUCGUACGUGAUGGGCAGUGUAAUGGGCAUGGUGCAGCCGGGAGGAAGUGCGUCGCAACGUUCCUUCCAGGGGCCUCACAACUAUCCGUACGGAGCGUCCAACGCAUCGUGCAGUCUCGCCAAGCUGCAGCAGCUGACUAACGGGAUCAUGGACAUAGCCCCGGGCGGCCCGGGACAGAGUGCAGUGGCCGCAGCAGCUGCCGCAGCCUGUGCCAUGACUCCCCCGGCUGCACCUUCUCCGCGAUCAGCGCACCAGUACGGUGGAAAGUAUGCGGCUGCUGCAGCUGCCGCUGCAGCGGGCCACAGGUACCACCAGAGGUCUUCAAUCAAUCCCAACCUUAUGGCCGGGUACCAGUCGCUGAACGGGUACCGCCAGGGUGGCCCGCCGCCGUCUGCUUACCUGCAGCAGGGACCGUCGAUGCAAAUGAUGAACAUGCAGCCACAAUAUCAGGAACAGCCGCCACCUCAGAACCCAAUGUAUGCAUACGGCUAUCUCAGUGGAGGCCUGCCGCCUCAGACACUCAACUCGAUGAUGCGCAGGUAAUGAAUUUUCCAGGGCAGCUUGUAAAUACGUAGCUCGGAAGAAAUAUACCUCCUUUUCCCCCCGAGACGUUCGAGAGGGUUCGACAACUGGAAUGUAAAUACAGCGUAGGUACGGCGAAGAACUUUCUUCCGUUAGCUGAGCGUUGUCCUUCGUGUCAGUUCUGGACCUAAAAACACUGUGAAAUAUUUUAGCGUGUCCUUUUUGUCAUCCUUUUCUCUUUCUUUUUUUUUUCCUUUUAAACCUACUUGCAGGCAGAAGUGCUCGAAGUGAUUGUCGUGUAUCUGCAUGUACAGGGAAUGUGAUAUUGUGUUGCUGGUCACAGGAUCUUAAGAAAUUGUGUGUAUAGUAGAACUGUGUAACCCUCAUUGACAUGGACACCAGGAUGUGGUCUUUGGGACUUGUUAGAUGAUGACUUCCCGAUCGUUCGGACGGGCUACGUAAAGGCAAAGGCAGGUCUCCGCCGCGGAUGAGCUCUGUGUGCUUUACAAUUGCAUUGCUGCAGCUGGUUAUCAUUCUACGUAGAUUGUAUCAAAAUUAUUGCGUAAUCUUUGUUAGGUUGUGUGCUGCGCUGCAUAUAAUGUUUUGGGACUAGCGAAGCCAAAAAUUGCGCUUUCGUUCCCCAGUGGGGAUCCUGUACUCAGUAGCGGAGGGAGUCAUUGGGUGUAAAUAGUAGUCAUGUCACGUUUUGUACAGGUAUAGUAGGUAAGCAGACCCCCGUUUUAAGUGCAUAGUACAGUUUUACUUUUUUUUUUUUUGCACCACUUGUACCAACUUUUACUGAUUGGAGAGACAAGAAAAGUGAAAUCCAGUACAAGUUUCGUGAAAGUAGUGAACGCUCCAGUUUGCAUCUGCCUUCCAGUGUCAGGUCUAGUCCUUGAGGUCUUUGUCGCACCUUAUUAUGAUGCCGAUGAAAUUCCAAACUUAAAUUGCUUAUGCAUGUGUAUGAGGGGGAACAUCCUGUAAAUUUCCUGCAUUAAUCUUUAUUUCCUUUUUGUUCAGCUAUGUAUGUUGUUACAUACAUCUACGGUGAAAUAAAUAAAGGGUAUUUUAGAUCUUGUAAUGUAUCUUACAUAGUCUAAUUACAUAAUUGAACUACCUUGGAAGUCUCUCGUAAGUGCCUUAUUCUAUCUAGACGAGACAAUUCCUUCUUUUGCGCGGUAAAGUUAUCGAAAGUCGCGAGCUACAAAAUAUUCCUUAUGAGAUGCUGAAAGUCACGGGCAAUGAACAGGGAGAGCUGUUACAUGAAAAUUAUGAAGAUGUAGGUGACUGAAAAUAGAAAUAUAAAGCUCUUGUGCGUAUAUCCAUUCGUCUGCUGAAAUAGUGAAGGGGUACCCUUUCUUGUAUGCAAGUUGACCGCUCUGGCAUUUAUAGUAACGUGGGGUUGUAUUCCUAUGUGUACCGGCGUUGCAGCCCUGUGCUUGACUUGUUCAGUAAAUAGUUUAGAAGCCGCUGUAUUCGGUGUACUACUUCAUAGCAUGCUCCGCAGUGUAAAAGAGAGAGAGAGAGGGUUAUUGCGUGAGAGUUUCUUUUGGGAAAGACUUUGUUUGUGCUGAUGAGAGACCCUGACAACUCAAACGUUGUAAUUUAUUUAUUUGACUGAAAGUAUACGCAUGUAAGCUGUUUGUAUCCACCUAAUGUUUAUGUGGAGUACCAUGAUAUAUAAUUGUUAAUAGAGGUAUAAUUUAACACUGAGUAUUUUGGCCUGCAUUUUCUUUAUUUUUUUUUUAAGAUUGUAUAUUUUGUAUCAUUUUUGUACGUAGGUAAUAGUUCAAGUUUCGACGUAGCAACGAUGCUAAAUAUGCAUUACACAUCAUUGAACAAGCAUUUGCAAUGGCCUUGGUCCAAACUUUGGUUACAGAUCUGUUGCAAGAUUUCUAGCAGUUGUAUAUUUUAAAGUACAUGUUGCCCUCAUAUUUCAUACCAGGCUUGCUGUAACAACAGCUACAAUCUAAGUGGAAUAAAGGUAAACUUUUUUCAUUGACA